AAAUAAAAAAUAAAAUAGCCCCAUUAGUAGACUACAUAAGUAACUUAUCCUCUACUUCUCUGCAACUCUACAUUAUAUCCUAACAAAACUGUUGUUGUUCUGGAAAAUUGCUCACGGAUCGCGGAUAUUUUUCGUUGCAACAGGCAAAACAAUAAUCAUAUGAUCAAUCAAAUUUGGCACACGUUACCUGAUUUUUAAACAGUGUUGGAAAACAACAAAUGCAGUACUUCAAGACUUUUUCCUAUUUACAGAUGAAUCAUUAUGCAACAUAUCAUACUCCAGUUUCAAGUGAACAAAAAUGAAUUCUGGUGAGCUCAUUUAGACCUAUACCUGCACUUUCCAUGGCUAACUUCGCCUUGCAAGGUCCUGUCUUCACAAGCUGUUGCAACAUCUCUCUGAAAUCCAGUAUCCUUGAAUUUCCAUUUCAUUCAUCAGCCUUUCCCAGGGCUAGUCCUAAAUCUUCCUCAUGUUUUGUUCCUCGUAUUGUGCCCACCCUUAUUAAAGAAGCACGGAAAGAUUGCAUGGUAAGAACAUUGUCUCCAAGUGAAAAUGUCACACCAAAAACAGCUAUUCCAGCUGUUCAGGAUCCUCUGCAAAAAGGUAAUGCUAUUUCAAACUCAGAGAUUGCAGAUCCGUCAAGGACUGCAACGAGAAAGAAAGCUGGAGGGAGUACAACUUUGAUGGAGGGUAGUGGGAGCAAUGUAGAAAUAAAGAAUAGAAGAAAGAAAACUCCUAGAAGGCAAGAUAACAGUCUUGAAAUUAAAGAAGAUAAUGAAGAUGAUAAUGGUGAUUUUGAAUAUGAGUGGCCACCUUUAGUAUGCUGUUUUGGCCCUGCACAAAAUGAGUUUGUUCCCAUUGUCAGGGUAUCGGAAAGACAAAUGGACAAAGACAUGUAUUCCACAUGGAAAUCCCUGCAGUGGAAUCCUCCAGAGUUUGCCAGGGCACCAGGAGGAUCACCAUUUAGCGUGGCUAUUGCACUGGCCAGGUUGGGAGGUAGAGCAGCAUUCAUGGGUAAAGUAGGAGAUGAUCCUUUGGGUUAUUGGAUGGUUCAGACUAUGAAUAAGGAGAAUGUCCAAACUCGUGGUGUUAAAUUUGACCCUUAUGCAGCAACAGCAGUUUCUUAUAUGAAAUUAACUUGCUCAGAUGGGAAAUUUGGAAUGGAGUGCAUCAAACCAUGUGCGCAAGAUUGUCUCCAUAGCUCUGAAAUAAACAUUGAUAUAUUGAAAGAGGCUAGGAUGUUUCAUUUCAAUUCCAUGGCUCUUCUUGAACAACCUGCAAGUACUCUUUCUGCAAUUAAAAUGUCAAGAGAGUUUGGAGGAGUUAUUUUUUUUGAUCCAAACCUACCUAUGCCACUUUGGAGAUCUCGUGAUGAAACAAGAAGAAUUAUCCAGGAAGCAUGGAAUGAGUCCGAUGUAAUUGAGGUAACCAUACAAGAGUUGGACUUCUUACUUGACUAUGAUUAUUUUUACAAAAAGAGGACUCAUAAGCACCAAUACUAUUCACAAGAUUUCAAUGACGCUAAGGGGAGGAGGAGGAGUUAUCAUACUACAAGAGAAGAACUUUCACCAUUAUGGCAUGAUAACAUAAAGAUUCUUUUUGUAACUGAUGGUACCAUUCGGAUACACUACUACACACCAACAUUUGAGGGUGAAGUGAUGGGGACAGAGGAUGUAUUGGUCGCUCCAUAUACAUGUGAUAGGACUGGUGCGGGAGAUGCUAUUGUAGCAGCUUUAAUCAGAAAACUGACCACACAACCAGAGAUUUACAAUAAUCAAGCUGAAUUAGAGAGGCAGUUAAGAUUUGUUGUUUGUGCAGGAAUUAUUGCACAAUGGACUACAGGUACUAUCCCUAGUUUUCCAACCGAAAGUGCAACACAGGAGCUGAAGGAGCAGGUAUAUGUAAAAUCUCUAUGGUAGAGCGAUGAGUAUCAAGUCACCGCUGUUAACACUCUAUGGGACCUGUAGUACCACAUUUUCUUUCAUCCGUUCUCUACAUAUGAUUGGUGGAUCGAUUGCAGAUUUAUAAAGUGUAGAAAGCAUAUCAUUUCUAAUAGAGGAAAAUAUUUACGUAUCUUACUCAGAGAGCAGCAGUUGCUUGUAAUUCAAUGUAUAGGGUACACAUCUGCUCAAGUCACCUCAUCUAUCAAAUCGUAUAGGUAAGAGUCAAAUUCACCGUUUGAGUUGUUUGACUAGGUGGAUUAAGUGUUGAUCCAAGCAAAACAAGAUAGCUGUUCCAAACGAGAAAUGUUUGCAGAGAUCAAUUGAUUGUUGCACUUGUAUUUUUCCC